AUGGCUUCAUUUAAUGAUAUGGGAUUAUUUGAUGAUUUAGCUGAUGAUGGUGUUCAUGGAUCACAACAUAUAUCUGAUGAUGAUUUACCAAGUGAAGAUGAUGAUGAUGACGAUGAUGAUGAUGAUGAUGAACUUGAUACAACAGAUAUUGCUCAUGGUUCAAUCGAUAUUAAAAAACCAUUGGCUGGAAUGUUACCAAAUACAUAUGAUGGAAAAACAGCUGAAGAACUUUUUCCAGAUUUUAAACCGAAUGCAAUUCUUCAAUUUAAUAAAAUAUUCGGUGCUGGCAAAACAAAUCAUUUACCAAAACCAUGGGUUAAUCUACGUAAACGAUCUGUUCAAGAACAUGUCGAUACACGAAUUCGUGAAGCAACAAUAAAUGAAUGUGCAGUUGAUCAAGAAACACAAUUUCUUGGUCGUUUACCUCCAGUUAUCAAUGAACCCAUAUCAGAUGAACAUGAUACAUCACAAACCGAUAUGAAAAUACCUAAUUGGCGUGUUGGUCCAGCUCGAUUAUGGUAUGAUCAAAUAGGUUUAAGUCUUGAUUUAUCAUCCUAUGAUUAUGGUUUUAAAUUAAAUUCUCCUCAAACAUUACAAACUCAAGCAUCAAAAGAACAAGUAACAAAUGAUAAUGAAUUAACAGGAAAUGCAUCAUUACCAGUUAAUUUAAUACGUUGGGAAGAUGAUAUUAUAUUUGAUACUUCAGUUUUACGAGAUAAACUUGAUUUAAAUACUCCUAAAAUUCGAUAUUGUGCUUGGGUACCAACAACAAACUAUCGUUCAUUAGCAAGUUUUCAAAAAAGUGUAUUCGGAAAAAAUACAGAUUAUUUAGAGAAUGGAAAUGAUGAUGAUCCAAAAUAUAAAUCAUGGUAUUCUAUUUUUCCUAUUGAUAAUUAUGAUUUAAUGUAUGGUGAUUGGGAAAAAGAUAUUAUAAUUGAUCCAGAAAAUAUGGAACGUAUACGUGAACCAUCCGAAUUAAUUCUCGAUGAAAAUGAUGAUCAUUUAAUUUUUGAAAUACCAACUGAUCCAAGUGAUUGUCAGACACGCCAACAACAACGUAAUCGUGAUUCACGAGAAAAAGCCGAUGCAAAUACUUCCAUUAGUCCAACAAAAGGUGGCAAAAUUCCACAUAAAGAUACACGAGGACGUGUUACACGUAGUGUUCUUACUGGUAGUGGUUUAUUAAAAAAAACUGAAGAUAAUGAUGAUGAUGCUAAUGAUCAAACAGAUAGUCCAAAAAAUGAUUUUUGGAAUUUAUCAAAUGAUGAAUAUUAUAAUCCAAGAUUAACUGAUUCUGUUGGAAAAAAUCUUGGUACACUUAAUCUUCAACAUGCUACACCUGCUGUUGAACUCUAUGCUCAAUUAUUUCCUACACAUUUAAAUGCAACAAAAUUACGUCAUUUUCAUCGACCAACAAUAAAGAAAGCUCUUGGAAAGCUAAAACCUGGAGAAUAUCAUCCUGUUCAAUCAGUACGAAAAAUAUCUGAUACACGUGCAGCUGAAAGAGAAAAAGAACGACAAGCAUAUGGUGGUGGAGAAAUGUUUUAUAUGCGUCGUUUACAAGAUUUAAGUGGUUUAGAUAGUGAUAUAGUUUUAGCGGAAUAUAGUGAACAAUAUCCAUCUUUACUUAAUCAAAUUGGAAUGGCAACAAGAAUUAAAAAUUAUUUUAAAAAGAAACCAGGUAAACAAGAUAAUCCACCCAUGUUAGAUUAUGGUGAAAUAGCUUAUUCACAUUCAUCACCAUUUCAAGCGGAUAUGGUUCCUGGAGAACUUUUACAAGCGUUUGAAAAUCAUAUGUUUCGUGCUCCAAUAUUUCCUCAUAAAUUACUUCCAACAGAUUUUUUAAUUCUUCGUACAAAACAAAAUUAUCAUAUACGUAAUGUGAAAAAUAUCUUUACAAUUGGACAAGAAUGUCCAUUACAAGAAGUUCCAGGACCAAAUUCUAAACGUGCAAAUAUAUUUGCAAGAGAUUUUCUUCAAGCAUAUAUAUUUCGAUUAUUUUGGAAAAGUCGAGAUAAACCACCAAGAAUUAAAAUGGAAGAUGUACGCAAAGCUUUUCCUCAAAACGCAGAAAAUAGUAUUCGAAAACGUUUAAAAAUGAGUUCAGAUUUUAAACGUACAGGAGGUGUUCAUUGUAAUUGGUGGGUAUUAAGAAGUGAUUUUCGUUUACCAAGUCAAGAAGAAAUUCGACAACUUGUUACACCAGAACAAUGUUGUGCUUAUUAUAGUAUGCAAGCAGCAGAACAACGAUUGAAAGAUGCUGGUUAUGGUGAAAAAGUUUUAUUUGCUGCUGUUGAAGAUGAAGCUGCUGAUGAAAAUGAUCAAAGCAAAAUUGAAGAUGAAGUUAAAUGUGCACCAUGGCAUACAACAAAAGCAUAUCUUGAUUCACUUAAAGGUAAAUGUUGGCUUCAAUUACGUGGUUUUGCUGAUCCAACUGGAUGUGGUGAAGGUUUUUCCUAUGUUCGUGUUUCAAAUAAACCUAAUGCUCGAGAAGUCGAACCUGAAGCAGUUCAAUCAAAGAAAAUGGUCACUGGAACAGAUGCUGAUUUACGUCGUCUUCAUUUGAAAGAUGCAAAAAAAAUUCUAAAUAAAUUUGGUGUAUCUGAUAGUUUUGUUCGAAAUCUUUCUCGAUGGCAAAUUAUUGAUAUUGUUCGAACAAUGUCUACACAACGUGCUCGUGAUGGAGAAGAUGGUGCUUCUAUGGCAAAAUUUGCUCGUGGUAAUCGUUAUAGUCAAAUGGAAUAUCAAGAAAAAUAUAAAGAAGAUUGUCGAAAAAUUUUUGAAGGACAAAAUAAAACUUUAGCAACAAAUCAUUUAACAUCAACAGAUAAUGAAACAAGUGGCGAUGAAGAUUCAGAUGUUGAUGAAAUGAGAAAAAAUCUUGAAUCAAUGUUAGAACCAACUGUCUCAAAAAAAUCAACAGAAACAAAACCACAUGUUGAUACAACAGAUACAACGAAGAAAACAGGUUCACGUGCACUCAAAAUCGUUCGUACAUAUCUUGAUGAUAACGGACGUGAACACCAACGUACUGAAUAUGUACGUAAACCAAUGGUGGCUGAAGCCUAUUCAAAAAUUCGUUUAACAAAAGAUAAUGAUUUUAUUCGUCAAUUUUUUGCACUUGAUGAAGAUCAACGUGAAAAUUUACGUCGUGAACGUCGUCGAUUACAAGAACAAUUACGUCGUGUUCGUCGACAAGAUCGUUUACAACAACGUAAUACAACAUUACCAUCAAAUACCAUUGAUGGUCAUCAUUCACCAUCGUCACGUUCAACAAAUCCUUCGCCAAUACGUCAUUUACAUUUACAAUUAAAUUCUAAUGAUUUAUCAUCAUUAAAAUUACCAUCUGUUUCCGAUAUAUUAAAUAAAAAUGAUGGCAAUGCAAUGGAUGAAACUCAUCCUGAUUUAUUUAUGGAUAAUAGUCAUAAUAUAACAUCAACUAGUCAAUUAAUAUCAACAUCAUUAGAUAAUUUAAAUAGUAAUAGUCAAUCAGGAUUUGCAAAUUAUUUCAGUUCAACAUCAUUUGGUGAAGAUGGACAAGAAAAUAAUGAAAUGAUUAGUCCAACAACAAAUCCUUCUGAUCCAUCGGGAUCACAUAAAAAAAGAAAGAAAUCCGAGAAAGAUCUUAAAUGGCUUAAAUGCGGUGCAUGUGGUGGUCAAGGUCAUAUGAGAACGAAUCGAGAUUGUCCGAUGUAUGGAAAAACAUCGAGUGGAAAUAUGCAAGCAAAUAUUAGUGUUGAUAAUGAAGAUGCCCAGCAUAGUUUUGAUCUUCCAGGAGUUGAUUUAAAUUCUUCAAUAAAUUCCGGAGAUGUUUCAGUUAAGAUGGUUGAAGGUGGUGGUACGAAAUUAAUAUUUGCAAAAAAUGUUCUUGAAAAAGUAUCAUCAAAAGAUCCAUCGCGAAAAUCGAAAAAAAAUAAAACAUCAAAAUUAUUAUCAACUGGUGCUGAAUCAGUAGGUGAUGGUGAUGAAUCAACAACAAAUAGUCAAUCAAAUUCAUUUAAUCCAAAUAUGAAUAUAGAUCGACCACCAACUCCUCCGCCUAUUGUUCAUAUAUCUAAAAUGCAAUUUAUUCCACCUAUAAAAUCUUCAUCAUCAUCUCCACCAGUUAAUCUAACUUAUACACCAAAAUCGAGUGGUACACUUAAAACAACAUUAUCACAUGCGGGAAGUCGACGUAAAAGUUCAACAACACCAACAAUUGCUGAAAAUAAUCCGAAAUCAAAUCAAAACUAUAUUAGUACAACACCAUCUACAGCAUUUCGUCAGCAACCAACAUCAACACCAUUAUCAUCGGGUCCAUUAGGCACAAUGUUUUCAUUUCCACCGAAUACACCAACAACACCAACACCUCUAUCAGCAGGUGCUGAUUAUUUAGAUAAACGUGCACGAACUGUACAACGAAGACGAAUUGAUCCACUUGUUAGUUUUGCUACUUUACUCGAAAGUAUUCUUAAUGAACUUCGAGAUAUGUCUGAGGCAACAAUGUUUUUGGCACCUGUUAAUUCUCGACUUUAUCCAGCAUAUUAUGAAGUAAUUAAAAAUCCUAUUGAUUUACAAACAAUUCGUCAACGUGUUCUUGCUCAUCAAUAUGAAACUCGUCAAGGUUUUCUAAAUGAUAUUCGACAAUUAGUUGAAAAUAGUCGUCAAUUUAAUGGUGAAUAUGAUCAGAUAACACGUGAUGCACAAACAAUAUUUGCUGCUUGUUUUCAAAAAUUUGCUGCUAAUGAAGAUAAAUUAAUGAAAUUAGAAAAAGCAAUAAAUCCCUUAUUAGAUGAUGAUCUUCUUGUUGCUAUAUCAUAUUUAUUUGAACGUAUAUUAAGUGAACAUUUAAUGAAUGUUGAAAAUUCUUGGCCAUUUCAUCAUGCUGUUAAUAAACUUCGUUUCAAAGAUUAUUAUGAUAUUGUUAAAACACCAAUGGAUUUAGAAAAAAUAAAAAAUAAUAUUCUUAAACAUACAUAUCGUUCACGUGCAGCAAUGUUAGCUGAUGUUAAUCUACUACAUACAAAUAGUGUUCAAUACAAUGGUGAAUCACAUUCAAUAACAGCAAUAGCAUCAAAAAUAGUUCAAACAUGUAAAGAACAAUUUGAUGAGCAUACUGAUCAAUUUGAUGCACUUGAAAGAAAUCUUGUACAACAAAAUUUAGCUAUUACAAGAACAACGGAACAAACAUCGAACGAAGAUGAUUGGCAACAAAUGAUUGGAACUGAACCUAUAAAUACUUUUUCAUUCCGUCCAUUAGAUGAAGAAGCAGAUGAUAAUACUGAUCUAAAAAGUCCAACAGCACUUGGUAUGUCACUUGAAACAUUUCUUGCAUGUGGUUUACCAAAUACAGAACAUAAUAUUGCACCAAGUGAAUCUGAACAAAAUGAAAAUAAUGAUGAUGAACCAUUUCAAUCAACUGAAGGAAUUACCACAGAAGAUAUUUUAGGUAAUAUUAGUGAAUCCGAUACAUCUGAUGAUGAUAAUGAUAAUAAAAAAUCUUCAUCUUUACUAUCAUCUCAAACUCAUCAAAAUAUAUCAGAUGAUCCAAAUUUACCAGCUGAUGAAGCAUCUUCUAAACAUCGUCAUCAUAAACAUUCAAAAAAACGAUUGAAAACAUCACAUUCUCAUACAACAACAACCGAUGCAGCUGCACUUCAGUUAUCUGAAGAUGAACUCUAA